AUGACGACAUUACUAUUAUGGAUCAGUCAAGCAGUCUUCGUUUUUUUUCUUACAAUUUUGUACCAAAUAUUGUCAGGUGUUAUAAUUAUCAUUUCAUUAGCACAGUGCUCACAUAAAAAGCCUCAAGUUAGAGAUCAGGAGGAGAAAGCUGAGAUAAAGAAAGAAAAAAUCGGAAAUACUCCAGCACCAGAGGAGAAAAUGGUAGAGAAACAGGAAAAAGGUAGCAAUCCGAAUGAAAAAAACAAGGCAGCACCGGAAGAACAACAUACUUCAGCCGUUGAAGAUGCCGAAAAAGAAAAAGAACGGUUAAAAGAGGUAGAGGAAAAACGCAUUGAAGAAAUAAAACCUAAAAUAAUGAAACGAAACGCUAAAGAGGAAAGAAUAGCGAAAGGUAAGGAAACACGUGGCAAAGGCGAUUAUCCAACCAUGGAUGAUGUAUUGAGCGACUGGGAUUCUGAAAGAGAUGGUAAAAAAAAAAAUGAGGAUGAUGACCAGAAAUCAAGAGCCAACACAAAUCUUGAAGACCUUGACGACCUGAAAAGGAACGAAGAAAAAAAACCAGCGGAAAGUGGUGGUGCGGAAGAGAAGAAAGAGGAUGAAGGCGGUAAAAUUUGUUAUUUCUGUACCGACCGUUACAACAAAGCCUAG